AUGCAGCUAGAAUACCAAUUACAAAGCGGAAGUUAUCGAGGCAAACCUGAGAAGUUUGAUCCAACUAAGGUUGGAAAGAAAACCGUAGAAGGUAAGCCAAAAAGGGUUGAACCUGCGUCAAAAGAUGUAGCUCCUCCAACAGCACUAGACAAAGCGAAAACGCCAACACCACCGAAGAACACCCCAAUGUGGGCCGAUUCAGUGUUUGGUAUCGACGUCGCAGUGCGAGAACUACAUGUAAACCAGGAGAUCAGUCCUUCAUUCGGAAGACUGCCUGACAUUGUAGAAGAAGUCUACUCCUCAUUAGGAGGGGAUGACAAAAAUCUAAACAAACAAAUGACCAAAAAACAAGAGUUUUGCAAAUCGAUUGCAUCUCAUGAUUUUAACAUUCCACAACCGCUUUAUCUAUUCCUGAAAGGAAUUGGCGAGGUCAAAGAUGCAACGGGUAAAACCGUUAGUCUUGCAGAUCACGUGCUUCCCAGUGUAGUACAGCAAGGUUUUGGAGGUUAUCACUCUGGAGUUAUCGACGCAAAUACUCACAAUCUCUACGAAGAGAUACCAUGUUUAGGUAGCUGUGGAGAUAUUUUAAUGGCUGAGACAUCGGAUGAAGCACACCCAGUGCCUAACUUCCGUGUACUCCCAGCUAGAAUCAGAGCCACUCGUUCUUUGAAUGGGUACUUUGGAGCGAUUGGAACGCGAAAAGAAGAAGUCUUACUCAAUUCUCUUAAAAUACAGUUA